GAUAAUGCGAUUCACAAUACGACCCCACAACGUCACUUUGCUUUUCGAUUGAGGCGGCUGCGAGAUUAUUUUCAAGAAUCGCCAGCACCCUACAUUGAUGUCCUCAUUGUAGUCCCUGAUGCCAUUGCCUUCGUAUUUGAGUGUGGUAAAGCCUGGAGCUUCAAAUGCAUCAUCUAUCAAGCUUACGGACGCAAGAGGGUUUCGUUCUGGACGGCUUGGGCCCACGUUGACAAUCUGGUACACCCGAUCGAGCGUUUUGUUCCAUAUCCACAUCGUGCCAACUGGAAUCGAUGCCUCAAGCUGCUCAGAUCUUCGAGCGCGCUCUCGGGCUAUCGCGCAUGCCAUGUACACGCAACGCUCAUUUCCAUGAGCAACCUACAUCUUCUGGGGCCUUCAAAUACAUGACAUAUUCAUUCUUCGAGACGCAUUUUGGUCCGGUGUUAGCGGCUAUGACUCUUCUUUUCUCUCUCUCUUGCAGAGCUCGUCUACGAAUGGCCUCUGAGUGUCUUGAAAAUUCGCGUGUGUCGUCGUGAUCCUUCCACUGCAUUACAUGCCUUGGGUUCUCGGGGUGACCAUCCUGCCACCAGAUGCAUGUGUCGUCCUGGUUACUAGCAACCUUGAAUCUUCGCCCGAUGUUUUUUUUGGUUCGCAUCCUUUUCUUAUCUGAUACAUCGGUCCAAGCCUCUUCUUUUACAUUCGCCCAGAAGACCCAAUUUCCUCGAGAAAAGUUUAUGCGGGCUCGUUCUUCACUGUUAGACACGCUUAAGCUUUAGCGUCAGAAUAUACAUAUGUUUGUGGGCGCAACUUACGGCGAGGGCAAAUGAUAUCGUGCCCGUCCCGUGUAGACUCGCUGGAGAGCCCGAGCAGCGGUUCGAGAUGUAGCCAUACGAUAUCGCUGAAAAGAUCGUCGUCCAUCGAGACGCUGCACUGUAAUAUCUAAUUCAAGAAUUCAGCAAGUGAACUGAUCGGAAGACAGUUCUCAGCUGUUGUAACCCUGACUCACCAUCGCCUGGCCAAGACCAAGUGUCGUAUUUGCUAACAGAACUUUCAUAGUAGUAGCUUUUCGGGUCCUUGGAACUAUUCUCAAGAUAAUCCGGCCACCUCUCAGGAAAUGUUCUUUUGUAGUUUUGUGUAUUGUUGAACCAUAACGAGAACAGGGAGUGUGUAUAUGGUAUAGGCUCGAAUUUGCCUUUCUCACGCUCCCCAAUGUAUAUCACGUUCCUGGCCCCAUCGGCACUGACAGGUACGAAGUUGGGGUGAACCGAACCAAAGAGUUGUACAACAUGGUAAGACCAGUAUCCAUACGCAUCAGACGUUCUUGUUCUCUCUGAAUGCCAGAUAUCUUCUUCUUUCCAAGAGAUCUCUUCUUCCUCGAGCGGCACAUCUUCAACUUUAACAUCUGGCUCUCGAACGUAUACGUUAAUUCGACGCACGAUCAACUUUUGCGCCAAUACCCGAGUAUAUAAAUCGCUCUUU